UUGUGAAUUCAUAAAUUGUUGUGAUUAACGAUCAUGAUAUUUAUUUAUGUGAAAUAAAAAUUGGAAUGUUGAGUCGAUGAAAAUAUUUCAAAAAAUAGAAAUGUAGUUUAAAUUUUUCCCUGUUGGAACUAUUUUUAUUGUAUUCUUCUGUUAUUCUAAAAUAAACAAAAUGAUUAGUGUACGCCUCGUUUCAUUUGUAUGUUUGCAUUUUGCGACUUUUACACUAUUAAAUUGUCUUUCGGUCAAAGAUCAAAUGUAUGCUAACAUCAUAGCGGAUAACCCAUGUUUUCUUAGAUUAAAUGGAACAAACCAAUUUGGCUGUACUUCUUCAAGAUUUGGAAAUGUUGGAACUUUACAUUUGGUGAUAAAUUCUACUGAUUUAAAUUGGUUAUUUAAUGAAGGAAAGGCUGAUCCUUACACUGUAGCAUUAACACCAAAAAUGUUUAAUAGAGAGGUUUUACAAAGCAUUGAAUUGAGUGCUAAAGUAAAUGGUAUAAUGUUACUAAUGAAUGGUACUGAACAGGAAGUAAUAAAUAAUGAUAAUUUACAAAAUACUGGAUUUAGCCCAGAAGAUACAUGUCCUAACCGUUAUUCAGAUGUUAAUAGUUGCCCAAUGAAACCAUGGAAUCCUUAUGGUACUGAUAUUCUUUUAAAAAGUUGGAGUUUCCCCAUAUUUGUUGUUUACGAUCAAAACACUAUCAAAGAUAUUAUAGAUGUAAGAUUAAUCAAUUUGUUAUUUUAUAAGAAUUAUCCUGAUGAUUGUGGUGAAGAAGUCAGUUGA